AUUUUGAGUUUAGAUUUUUUUACAAAGUGCAUCUCAGUUUUCAUUAUUUAUUAAAUCGUCUUCGCGUUUAGACCAUCCGGAUAAAUUUUGUGUAAACCCGAAUAAUAUUUAUUGAUACUUAGAAUAAAAUGCGUAUUGUACUUAUUUGCUCCCUCAUUUCUGCCGCGUACAGCCAUCCCUUGGGUUACAUCUAUGAUCAAGAAAAUGCUUUUACCAAUCCAUCCGAAAUUGAUAUAACAAAUGCCCUUCCAAAUGAUCAUUCUAAUGAAAGUAUUCAAAAGCCAAAAGCUACUUCGGCAGUUGAAUUCGAUAAACAAUUCUACACGUUUUCAGCACCUGAAGAACCAAUUCAAGAUAACGGCACAUUGGAAAAAAUUCUACCAUCGUUGAAGAAAAAAUUGCGAGUCGUCUUAAUUCGUACACCUGAUAAUCAAGUUUUCGAAGACGCUGCAAUGAAUAUGCUCAAACAAUCGGCAGAUAAUCAUUUUGCAAUUUAUGUUUUGACGAAGCAAACCGACACCAAUGACUUAGUACAAAAACUGCAAUUGAUAAAUAAUGAAAAUGAUAUCAGACCAGAAGUUCACUUUGUAAAAUAUCGAACCCAUGAGGAUGCAGAAAAUGCUCAGAAGAUUAUACAGGAUCAAUACAAUGCGUUGCCUGGUCGUUCGGAGACUUAUCAGGAAGAAAUUUUAUCUAUGCUCACUAACACAAAUAUAUCUACUCUGGUGAAAGCUGUGAAAACUGAGGAGAAAUCCAUACAGGAAAAGAAGAACCCUAUAAGAAAAUAUUUGUCAUCACGUCCUCGCACAAACCUUUAACUUAGAUACGUAUUUAAUAAAUUAUUUAUAUA